UAACUUGCCCAAAGUGGCAUUCAUGACUCAUGAAUGGCUUAGGUUGUAAAGUAAACCCAGAUGCAUUCCCCAGGGACGCCCUCUCUUCUCUUCAACAGCGAGCGUUGACGUCAGGUUAGGGCUGCCCUCCUGGGGCGGGUUGAAGGCAGGGUGAGCCUCCCGAAGUCCAGGAGAUCAUUGCACACCCAGUCACCAGCGUUCGAGAGCCUGUCGCAGAGAGAAGGACGGAAUCCAAAGCAGGCGACAGGGCGCGGAAGCGGGAUGUACUUCUAUUGGGGCGCCGGAUCCCGCGGGCUGCAGCGCCGGAGGACGGAGGGCAGCCCCGGGGCUGAGCUACUGCAGGCGGCCAGCGGGGAGCGCCACGCUCUGCUGCUGCUGACCAACUCCUUGGUCCACUCGUGCGGAGAGAACAGCCGGGGCCAGCUGGGCCGCAGGGGCGCGCCGCGCUGGGACCUGCCAGAACCAGUUCAGGCAUUGAAAACCCUAAAGUUUGAUCUUGUGAGCUGCGGAAAGGAGCACUCCCUGGCUGUGUGCCACAAAGGAAGGGUCUUCGCAUGGGGAGCUGGUUCUGAAGGGCAGCUGGGGGUUGGAGAAUUAAAGGAAAUCAACUUCACACCUAGGAAAAUAACGACUCUGAAUGGUAUAAAAAUAAUACAAGUUUCCUGUGGACAUUACCACUCCCUGGCAUUAUCAAAAGAUAGCCAAGUGUUUUCAUGGGGAAAGAACAGCCACGGGCAGCUGGGCCUAGGGAAGGAGUUCCCCUCCCAACCCAGCCCUCAGAGGGUGAGGUCCCUGGAGGGGAUCCCACUGGCUCAGGUGGCUGCUGGAGGGGCUCACAGCUUUGCCCUGUCUCUCUGUGGGACUUCGUUUGGCUGGGGAAGUAACAGUGCAGGGCAGCUGGCCCUCAGUGGGCGUAAUGUCCAAGUGCAAAGCAACAAGCCUCUCUCAAUUGGUGCACUGAAGAAUCUAGGUGUGAUUUAUAUCAGCUGUGGUGAUGAGCACACUGCCGUGCUUAGCCAGGAUGGGAAAGUGUUCACAUUUGGAGACAAUAGCUCUGGGCAGCUGGGAUACAGCCCCACUCCUGAGAAGAGAGGUCCACAACUCGUGGAAAGAAUUGAUGGCCUAGUUUCACAGAUAGAUUGUGGAGGUGAUCACACCAUUGCAUACGUGCACACCACUGGUCAGGUGGUAUCUUUUGGUCGUGGACCAAGUGCCACAAGCAAGCCAACUCAUCCAGAGGCCCUGAAAGAGAACUUUGACAUUAGAUGCUUGAUUUCUGCUGAUGACCUCGUGGAUGUUCAAGUCAAACACAUUUUUGCUGGAAAAUAUGCCAACUUUGUGACAACUCAUCAGGAUACUAGUUCCACAAGUGCUCCCAGGAAAACCCUGCCAGAAAUAAGCCGAAUUACCCAGUCCAUGGCAGAAAAAUGGAUAGCAGUGAAAACAAGAAGUACUGAACAUGAAGUGGCUAAAAGUGAAGUUAGAAUGAUAUUUUCAUCUCCUGCUUGUCUGACUGCGAGUUUUUUAAAGAAAAGAGGAACUGGAGAAACAACUUGCAUUGAUGUGGACUUAGAAAUGGCAAGAGAUACCUUCAAGAAGUUAACAAAAAAGGAAUGGAUUUCUUCCAUGAUAACUACGUGUCUCGAGGAUGAUCUGCUUAGAGCUCUUCCGUGCCGUUCUCCACACCAAGAAGCUUUAUCAGUUUUCCUCCUGAUCCCAGAAUGUCCUGUGAUGCACGACGCUAAGAACUGGAAGAACCUGGUAGUUCCAUUUGCAAAGGCUGUGUGUGAAAUGAGUAACCAAUCUUUGCAAGUCCUAAAAAAGUGUUGGGCAUUUUUGCAAGAAUCUUCUCUGAGCCCGCUGGUCCAGAUGCUUAAAGCAGCCGUCAUUUCUCAACUGCAUCAUUGGACUGAAACCGAACAGGAUCACUGUAAUAUUAAAGCUCUUUUAGGAAUGAUGAAAGAACUGCAUAAGGUAAACAAAACUAACUGUCGACUAUCAGAAAAUACUUUCAACAUAAAUGAACUCUCCAACUUAUUAAACUUUUGUACAGAAAGACGAAGACAGUUCUUUCGGGAUAACCACAUGAUACCUGCAGAAGCCCCCAGUCCUGUUAUUUUCAGUGAUUUUCCAUUUGUCUUUAAUUUGCUAUCCAAAAUUAAAUUACUGAAAGCUGAUUCACAUCUAAAGAUGUGGAUGUCAGAAGAGAAAGAAUUCAUGCAUAUGCAUGAAACAAUUCUGAAAAAAAGGGAAGAAUUUCCCCCAUCACCUAGAUUUCUACUUAGAGUCAGACGAAGUCACCUGGUUGAAGAUGCUCUGCGUCAAUUAAGUCAAGCGGAAGCCACCGAUUUCUGCAAAUUAUUAGUGGUUGAAUUUACUAAAGAAAUCCGACCUGAGGCUGGAGGGGUCACUUCAGAGUUCUUCCACUGUAUAUUUGAAGAGAUGACCAAGCCAGAAUAUGGAAUGUUCAUGUAUCCUGAAAAGGGUUCCUGCAUGUGGUUUCCUGCCAAGCCUAAACUUGAGAAGAAAAGAUAUUUCCUCUUUGGGGUGCUGUGUGGACUCUCCUUAUUCAAUUUAAAUGUGGCUAACCUUCCUUUCCCACUGGCUCUGUAUAAAAAACUUCUGAACCAAAAACCAUCACUGGAAGAUUUAAAAGAACUCAGUCCUCGAUUGGGGAGGAGUUUGCAAGAAGUUCUAAAUGAUGAUGCUGAUGACAUUGGAGAUGUGCUUUGCCUAUACUUUUCUAUACAUUGGGAACAAAAUGAUGUUGACCUAAUUCCAAAUGGGAUCUCUAUACCUGUGGACCAAACCAACAAGAAAGACUACGUUUCUAAGUAUAUUGAUUACAUUUUCAAUGUCUCUGUAAAGGCAGUUUAUGAGGAAUUUCAGAGAGGAUUUUAUAGAGUCUGUGAGAAGGAGAUACUUAGACAUUUCUACCCUGAAGAACUAAUGACAGCAAUCAUUGGAAAUACUGAUUAUGACUGGAAACAAUUUGAACAGAAUUCAAAGUAUGAAUAUGGAUACCAAAAAUCACACCCUACUAUACGGUUGUUUUGGAAGGCUUUUCACAAACUAACUUUGGAUGAAAAGAAAAAAUUCCUCAUUUUUCUUACAGGACGUGAUAGGCUGCAUGUAAGAGGCAUACAGGAAAUAGGAAUAGUAUUUCGCUGUCCUGAAACUUUCAGUGAAAGCGAUCACCCAAGAUCAAUAACUUGUCAUAAUAUUCUGGACCUCCCUAAGUAUUCUACAAUGGAAAGAAUGGAAGAAGCACUUCAAGUAGCCAUCAACAACAACAGAGGAUUUGUCUCACCCAUGUUCAUGCUCACACAGUCAUAAUCACCUCCAAGAGUCUCAGAGUUGGCUUUUUCAUACUUGGAUCCUUCUGUUCUUCCUUACACCUAAAUAAUACAAGAGGUUAAUGAAUAGUGGUUAAAAGUAGUUGAGGGAGAGGUUAGGGGAAUGGGGAAAUGAUGAUGAUGGUCAAAGGGCACAAAAUCCCACACAAGACUGAGGCAGGAGAAUAGGGCCCAGAGAUAGGGAUCUAAGGAUGACUUGGACAGAUUCCCUAAAGAGAUAGGGAUCUAAGGAUGACUUGGACAGAUUCCCUGAAGUUGAAGAGUCUCAAUGCUGCCCUGUGAUUGGUUCAUUCCAGGACCUUCAUUUGCAUAAGACAUCAAACCACAUCAGUCUCUGACUGUCCAUGGGCCAAACCUGCACUCUGCCCAAUGACUGGUUCAUUCCAGGACCUUCCUUUGAAUAAGGAGCCAAACUACACCAGUCUUGGGUUGUCCAUGGGCCAAUUCACCUUGGCCUCUAAUUGGCUGUGAGCCAGUCUUUCAUUUACGUAGGGUGUAAUCAUCAAGAAACCUCUGCAGGGUGCUUAAGCCCCAGAAGAUUUUGCUACAAGGGCUCUUGAGCCGCUUGCUGGAGCCCACUCCCACCCUGUGGCAUGUACUUUCACUUUUGCUCCUUCACCGCCUUGUGCUCCAAUAAAUCCACUGCUUCACCAC